AUGGUAGCGACCGCCGCAAUGAGCGCGAGAGCCGCCAUCACUGCACGCGCCGUCAAUGCUGCCGCACCACGCGCAAUGUCCGCCUCGCCCGCACUUAGCGGCAUGGGUUCGAGAUGCGCCGUGACCGCAGCCGCCUGCUGCCGGCCGCGCCGCUGCUUCCAUGGUGCCGCUGCGCGCCGAUCUCUGCCGGCCCGCGAAGCCGUCAUCGUAGCCGUCUGUCCGCACGAGAACGGACGGUCGAUGCCGCUGGGAACAGGCCGAAGCGGCAAGGCAGCGCAAUUCCCGGCGCGGAUCGCGGGGAUUACGGAGCCACAUAGCCUAAGCACAGCUGCUUCGAGUUACUCUCAAGCAGGAGCGUUGAGCGGUGGAGAACGGUGCAGGACGGUUCGGGUGCGAGCAGAGAAUACAGAGACGGGAGGGGGAAGCGGUGGAGGGGGAAUGGGCGGCGGGGAAGGCGGAAAAGGAGGGGGAGGAGGAGGGGGAGGGGGAGGGGGAGGGGAUGGCAAUGGAGAUAAUAAAAACUCGGUUUGGGGAAUGUACCUACAUUUACUGGACCGCCACCCCCUGGCAGUGAAGGCGGGCACGUCCAUGCUGCUCAACCUGCUGGGAGACCUCUUCUGCCAGCUGGUGGUGGAGGGAGGGCACGGGGUGGAUGCGAGGAGGGCAGCCACCAUCUCCCUGCUGGGGCUGCUGCUAGUGGGGCCCACGCUACACGUCUGGUACUCACUGCUGUUCCGCAUGGUGACAGUGCAGGGCACUCCGGGCACUCUCAUCCGCCUCGCUCUCGACCAGGAGUGGGCCAAGGCGGUGGUGGCCAACUGGAAGGUGUGGAUCCCCUUUCAGUUCCUCAACUUCCGCUUCGUGCCGCUGCACCUUCAGGUCGCAGCAUCCAAUGUGAUCGCGCUGCUGUAG